AUGGUCCUCCUUUUGUUGCCUGUCGAAAUAAUAAAAAUGAUAGCGGCAGAGCUACCAUAUGAAGAUGUGCUUGACUUGAUAUGCACCAACAAAUUUCUUCAUGACCUCCUACUUCGUGACCUUUAUAAACGAAAUCUUGAUACAGAUCCACGGGGACAUGCCUUGUUUUGGUGUGCAGUUAAUGGUGCUAUACAAGGGAUGAAUCACUUAUUAUCCUGGAAAGCAGAUGUGAACAAACGCUUGUGGUUGUACGAGAAAGACAAGGGCGGGAUGAUAAGAUGGGAGCCAAUUUCAGCUCUACUCUUGGCUGUCGAGAAUGACCACUUGUUUAUCGCAGAUCUGCUUUUGAAACAUGGAGCCGAUGCAAAUGCGAACCUCACCGGCCACGGCCUCACUCCCUUGGAUGUGGCCGUAGGACGGGGGAAUGGGGUUAUGACCCAGUUACUUCUUCAAAAAGGCGCAAAGAUAAGAGAUGAAAUCACUUUGUCUCGUGCUAUAGAAAUCGGAGGCUUACUAGCUUGGGUGAAGGCUGGACGUCGCGGGGCUUGGGAGUACAACUCAUUCAAAGUACCCGAAGUAGCCCCCAACUACGAUUUCCGGGCUGUGGUGGAGGUGCUGCAUUUAUAUGGCGCCAAUUUGAAAGAAGUUUCUCUUCUUCAUUAUGAAGUAGAACAUUACGGGUCUCUUGAUGACGGUGUCAUAGAGCUCCUCCUAUCUCUUGGCGCCGACGUGCACGCGAAGGAUGAGGCGGGGUUGUCGGUCAUUUCUUUUGCUUUCGAGGGCGAAUUCCGCGACGCCGCACAAUGUAAUGCCUUUGCGCAAUUGCUUAUAGCUUACGGAGCUAAAGUUAAACCCGAAGAGCUCACAGGAACGCUUGAAAACGCUAUAUAUCGCGAAAACCUCGAGGAUCUUGAAUUAAUCCUUGAAUACGGAGUAGACGUGGACUUUUUGUGGUGUGAAGAGGGGACUUUCCUGCAUCUCGUUAUCACACGUCUAUUCAAAGAUGAUACGACAAAAGAAGAAUUCCUCAAAUCGCUCCUAAACCGAGGAGCUGACGUCCUCUUGAGAGACCGCGAAUCGAAAACGCCAUUGGAGCAUGCAAUGUUGUUCCCAUGGAACAUAAACCUGGCGAAGCUUCUCCUUGAUGCGGGCGCCAAAGUCCAAUGCCAAGGCAAAGAAGGAGCUCAGCUCCUAACUUACCUCAUAAAGGAUGGGCUAACCAGCUGGUUUGACCCAAGCACCAACGCGCUUCAGUACUACUUGGAAGAUAUGGAUGUGUGUGAAUUGAUACAUCUACAUGACUUCAGUGAGAUGAAUGCUAUGAUUGAGUUGCUUCUUGAAUACGGAGUCUGUCCAGACUACGCUGAUGACUCUGGCCAGUGUCCUCUUGACCAACCCGGUGCUACACUGUUUUCUUCUCUACAGCCGUGGUUAUCUAAAAGGGGGAAACAUGAUGCAGUUUUGUUUUGGCCUAUUGAUCAGCUGGUUUUCUACUUAAGUAUUUGGGAAUAUUGA